AUGGCUGGUACGGGGCGUAUGUCGCUGAAGCGUAAGUUUGUGUCUGCCGGUGUAUUUAAAGCAGAAUUGGAUGAAUUUCUUCGUCGUGAACUCGCUGAGGAUGGAUAUAGCGGUGUCAAGGUUCGUUCAAACGAACGUCGCACGGAGAUCAUAAUCUCGGCAACCAAGACCCAGGCUGUUCUAGGCGAGCAAUCUCGUAGGAUCAGGGAACUCACUUCUCUCAUCCAGCAACGGACUCGGGCCACAAAGACUAUCGAAUUGUUUGUUGAGAAGAUGAUGGCUCGCAGUUUGAGCGCAACAACGCAAGCCGAAUCUCUUCGGUAUAAGCUUACAGGAGGUCUUCCUGUGAGAAAGGCGUGCUACAGCGUCUUGAGGUUUAUUAUGGAAUCGGGUGCGCGUGGCGCUGAAGUCGUUGUUUCCGGAAAAAUAAAAGGGCAGCGAGCGAAGUCUAUGAAAUUUUCUGACGGAUUGAUGAUUCACUCUGGGGAUCCAGUGAACUACUACAUUGAUCGGGCCGUUCGCCAUGUUCGCCUCCCUCAGGGCAUCCUAGGAAUCCGAGUCAAGAUUAUGCUGAACCACGACAGCACCGGAAACACCGGUCCCAGGAAACCUCUCCCGGACUUCGUUUCCAUACUUACCGCGAAGGACGAGCCCGUGAUAACUCAGCCCUACUCCGAGAAUAAGCCGCAGUAA